UGUUUUGAAAAUGUUGGCGGGUUUCCAGAUCUUGGUUCAGGAUACAGUACAAGGAAGAAUUCACAAGAUAAAAUUUGGACAAGGAAAUAGAAAAUGGCAUUUUUCAGAACUUUUCAGCGGAAUCUGCCCUCAGUUUCCUCGCUCGUGGACACAAUCAGUAAUGCUGUAGAAGAUUUGACCAGCGCUGUUGGCGAAGUCAGCUAUGCUUUAAGUGACUCAGUUGCUGAACAGGUAACAAGUGUGAUAAAUGGCUUUCGCUCAGAAGAGGAAAGGUCAGCAGCAACAGAAGAAGCAGUCACCUCUAAACAAGAAAACGCCACGUUACCGGAAGUCUCCCAAAACACUAUUUGUCAGAAAACACAAUCCAAUUUCGAGCACAGAGCAAAUCAAAGAAAUUAUUGUAAUACUUCAGUUUCACAAAAGCAAGAUCAAGGAAUAAAUGAGGAAAGAGUAUUUAAACAUACUAAUGAUAGGCAACAGACUCUAUCAAAAUAUCAAGAGACCAAUAAUGCUGGUGAUUCUUCUUUGAAAGACCAUGUGAGUGAUGGCAGGAUAUCCGUUACCAAGCAGAAUGCAAGGACAGGAUCUGCUUCUCAAGAACUUGGACAUACUGACAGUUAUAACAAACAUGGAUUAGGAAUUUCCCGUAAUGGUAAGAAUGAUUUAAAGGAGGUAAUGUAUCCAGAAAGGAAAGAAAAUCAUUUAAAGAAAGCUGAAAAACAUAUGAAAAGUAAAGGAUCCAAAGGGAGCGAGUAUUCAGGAAAUGAGUGUUCUCCAAAAGGUAUUUUGGCCAGUAAUAGACAUAUGAUGCAGAAAUCCGUUAUGAAAGAAGACAUACAGACAGCACCAUUAACUAAUUCUAAAGAUGAGUUACGUGGAAGAAUCAAAGAACAAAUAAAUCCAACAAAAUGCUACAAAGUAAAAGGAGAUAUAAAAAGAAAGAAAAAUGAAGCCAUUUCUGCCACAAAAGGAACAGCAAAGAGUAAAGAUGAAAAAUUUUCUAAAAUAAUACCAGAAAAAGAUAAUUCCUACAUGGACAGAGAUGAGCAUGGUUCAUCCUCUGAAAGUGAAGAUGAAGCACUGGGUAAAUACCAUGAGGCCUUAUCCAGAACACACAAUUCCAGACUGCCACUGGCCGAUUGUAGACAAAAGAACUAUACUUGGGAAACAAGACAAAAAUAUAGUCCUCUAUCUGCAGAGUAUGAUGGAUACAGUAGUGAAGCAUCAAUAGAUGAAGGAAACUGCAUUCAGAGAAUGAGAAGAACACCCCCACUGGAUGAAUUGCAGCCACCACCGUAUCAGGAUGACAGUGGUUCUCCCCAUCUCUCAUGUACACCCUCAGAAAUUGGGGACAGUAAAUGUGAAUUUUCCCACUGCAGCAACAGUCCAAGAUGCUCCUAUAACAAGUGCCCAAGUGAAGGAAGCACAGGUCAUGAAAUAGAAAGUUUUCAUACUAAAGGAUAUGAAGAAGAUGUGCCGAGUGACAGCACUGCUGUCCUGAGCCCGGAAGACAUAUCAGCUCAAGGAUCGUCUUCACAGCUUCCUAAACCUUUUGAUCCUGAGCCAGAAGCUAAAUAUGGCACACUGGAUGUGACUUUUGACUAUGACUCACAAGAACAGAAGCUUCUGGUAACAGUGACAGCUGUCACAGAUAUCCCAACAUAUAACAGGACAGGUGGCAACUCAUGGCAAGUACACCUUGUUCUUCUACCUAUAAAGAAACAGAGAGCAAAAACCAGCAUCCAGAGAGGACCAUGCCCUGUCUUCACAGAAACAUUCAAAUUUAAUCAUGUUGAAUCUGAGAUGAUUGGAAAUUAUGCAGUUCGGUUUAGACUGUAUGGUGUACAUCGCAUGAAAAAAGAAAAGAUUGUGGGGGAAAAGAUUUUUUAUUUAACAAAAUUGAAUCUUCAAGGGAAAAUGUCAUUACCUGUGAUACUGGAACCUUCUUACAAUCAUUCUGGCUGUGACUCCCAAAUGAGCAUGUCAGAAGUGUCCUGUAGUGAAAGUAUGUCCUCAUGUCAUUCUCUCGAACACGGCUCAGUUCCAGAGCUUCUCAUUGGCCUGCUUUAUAGUGCCACAACUGGAAGACUAUCAGCGGAAGUCAUAAAAGGCAGCCACUUCAAAAACUUGGCAGCAAACAGACCACCCAAUGGACUGUUCUGUUGUCUAAAACACUUGAUAGGUGGACAGGUUUAUAUAAUCCGAGAUACAUAUGUUAAAUUAACUCUCCUGAAUUCCAUGGGUCAAGAGAUGUCCAAAUGCAAAACAUCCAUCCGCAGAGGGCAGCCGAAUCCAGUAUACAAGGAAACUUUUGUUUUUCAAGUGGCCCUGUUUCAACUGUCUGAUGUGACACUCAUACUGUCUGUGUAUAACAAACGCAGCAUGAAAAGAAAAGAGAUGAUAGGCUGGAUUUCCUUAGGUCUGAACAGCUCUGGAGAAGAGGAACUCAAUCACUGGACUGAGAUGAAAGAGUCGAAAGGACAGCAAGUAUGUAGGUGGCAUGCACUGCUUGAGUCCUGAUGAAUGGGCCCCACACGCAGCUGCAAUCCCAGGCAGCGUGAUUUCCGAUGACAACAUUACUGUUUUUACCUAGUCACCAUUAGAAGAGUUCUUCUUUGAAGAAUCAUCUUCAACAUUCUACCAAAAUGUUUUCAAUUCUGUGGAAAGAACAUCUAAUACUGACAUAAGUGAAGAAAGGGUGUGUGUCUGGUAGAGCUUGUUGGGGAAAAUGAGAAACUUAUCGUUGUUAAGCUAACAAUCCUCCAGACCUUUAAGAACAUGCUUUUGAAGUUCAUUUUGCUUUAGCAAAAGAGCCAGCCAUCUCACGAAAAAGCAAAGUUGUAAACGAUUUUUUUCUAUUAGAAUUUUUAGUUGCGACACUCUUUUAUCAUUGCCCUACAUAUUAUCCAUAAAACAUAUUUUGACUGGUUCGUCCCUGGUAUUUAAAAUGUUCUUUUAAUAUGAGAAAGUAGUUCUCCAACUCCAUAAGUCAUAGUUAAUGUUGAAGGGUUUUCACCACGUUGGAAAUUGUUUCAUUGCAGAUGUCUUCCCCUUGUGCACUCAGUUUCAUCGUGCCUCGGUUCUUCUCAGCAGCACUAACUCUUCAGUGCAAGCAAGAUUUCAUUUUCACCAAGGAAUUUUUUGAAUAUGUUCUUUUAAAAACUCAUUUCUUCAUUUACCUCUGCUUUUGCGUGAUCCAAAGAGACCAAGUCACUGUACUGGUCCCUGGCGAGUCUCUUAGGCAGGUUGUACUGUAGAACUAUGUAGCUUUCUGUUGAAAGCACUCCCUGUAUUCCUGUAUUCCAAUGUAGGAAGCUAAUAGAGCAGGACCUUACUUGCAAAUGUCUUUCAAUGAUUGACUCUUUCAAAUUGUAGUAAUGUGCAAAUACGUUUUUUACAAACUAAAAAAUCUAGUAGGUGAGCUGUUAAAAAUUGAACACAGUUCGGUUAAAGAAAAUUUUAAUGAUCUGCUCUGAGUAUUUUAGUACCCAACACUGCGUAAAGCAAGUAGCAUUCGAAUAAAAAAAACGUCGUCUCUCUAAAUCUUCUUCACUUUUACUUCAAUUUGUAUUUGUGAUAUAAAGACUCUCCAGUUCUCGGUUUGAACCAGAAUAUCAUGUUCAAAACAGCUCUGAGAUUCCUUAUGAAGUUUCUAGUGACUUGUGACUAGAUUUUAUGAAAUUUACAGAUACGUUCUUCAAGUGAUGUCAUCCUGUGCCUUUCACGUAAGUUAAAUUUGCUUAUACAGCUUGAAAGCUGUAUUUGCGAAAGUAGGCCUUCGAUUUUUAUAAAUGUAAAGAUUCCUCAGAACAGUGUCACAAGCUCUUUAUUUCCUCUGAAGUAUGCAAAAGUUAUAAAAUGUGCUGUUUUUUAAAUGGCAAUGCAUUUUCAGUAGUUGUUUUUAUAUUUAGAAACUCUGGUUAAUCAGGAAUAUUAUAAGCUGUUUUCUUUUUAAUUUUGCUUCUUACCUAAUAUAUAAUUUUAUGCAUUUACUUUAUU